AUGUGUUUAUUUCAGUUGGAAGCCGGACAAUUCUCAGCACUGCGUGAAUUGGAAACAUUAAAUCUCGCUGACAAUCUUAUCAGUGACAUCAACGAUGGAGCCCUGUUUGGAAUGGACAACUUGACUCUGCUGAACAUGACUAAUAACCAGCUGGUACGACUUCCUGGUAACACAUGGCCACCACUUGCCAAACUUCGUGCGUUGGACCUGUCCGGCAAUCCGUUUGUCGCUCUCGAAACAGCUUCGUUCGAUACACUUCCAUCACUGCAGUUCCUCAAUUUGUCCAACUGCAGGAAUCUGAAGGCGAUUCAUAUGGCCGCCUUUGUCUCAAUGUCAUCACUGCAGACGUUGGAUCUCUCUAACUGUGCCCUGACGCACAUCGCUCCAACCGCCUUUCAACCACUGCCACCGUUGAAAAUGCUGUCAUUGGCCGGAAAUCGCCUUGAAACCUUGCCAUCUUCACUACGAAUCUCCACAGUACCGUCACUCAACCUUGACAACAAUCCAUGGGACUGCUCGUGCGAGUUACGAGCGCUUCGAUUACCAUCUACAGCUCUUGUGCGCUUCUCCAGAAGCUCUUAA